UGUACUGAGAAGUAAGAGGAAGACCAAGCCUUGAAAACCCAGCUGUACGUACAGACCCCUCUGGAGAAGAGACAAUCACACAUUGACGAGUGCUAUUUGGUGUCAGUUAACAGGGUCAUAGCAAGAUGGAAGGUGCGGUGAAUCAGGCAGUGUCAGAUGUUAACGACAGUAUUGUGGAAAAUGUUAAUAAAACGGCAACACACAAGCCAGCAUCGCCGGAGGGCAUGAUCCUGGCUUAUGGCAGUCUCGUUAUCAUGGCGAUCCUGCCGAUUUUCCUGGGAAGCUUUCGAUCGGUUAAACAUCAGAAGGAACAGCAGCAAAAAUUUGAGACGAGUGGGAAAAAGCCAGAGACCAUGACCCACCGAGAUGCAGCGAUGUUUCCCCUCAUCUCGAGUUGUGCACUCUUCGGAUUGUACGUAAUUCUUCAAAUAUUCUCAAAGGACUACAUCAAUCUACUAUUAACGGGGUACUUCUUUUUCCUGGGAGUUCUAGCCCUCUGUCAUCUCACGAGUCCAAUUAUAUCAUCUCUGGUACCUGCAGUCAUUCCAAAAACACCGUAUCGAAUACGAUUUACCUCAGGCGAAGGUGAUAAAAUCGAAGAUAUCAUAAACUAUACAUUUAAUCUUCACGACAUCGUGUGUCUGAUUUGCUGCUCAAUGAUUGGAGUGUGGUAUCUCCUCCAGAAGCACUGGGUAGCGAAUAAUUUAUUCGGAAUAGCCUUCGCAAUAAAUGCAGUAGAGCUUCUGCACCUAAACAACAUAGUAACCGGGUGUAUUUUGCUGGGAGGUCUCUUCGUAUACGACAUCUUCUGGGUGUUUGGUACAAAUGUGAUGGUGACAGUGGCAAAGUCAUUCGAGGCUCCCAUAAAAGUGGUAUUCCCUCAGGAUCUACUAGAGCAGGGCCUCAAGGCUGAGAAAUUUGCGAUGCUUGGGCUCGGUGACAUCGUCGUCCCUGGUAUUUUUAUCGCCCUAUUGCUGAGGUUUGAUCACAGCCUCGGACGAAAAACAAAUGCGUACUUCUACACAACUUUUUUCGCUUACUUCAUGGGACUAAUAGCAACGAUGCUGGUGAUGUUCGUGUUCAAUCACGCUCAGCCAGCCCUCCUGUACCUGGUGCCAGCGUGUAUUGGCACUCCCUUGCUCGUGGCCCUCGUCAAGGGAGAUAUCAGGAAGUUAUUCACAUAUGAGGACCAUCCCUCGGACAACGAAAAUCUCCAGACAGAGGUUCAAGCCGAGGUCAAGAAGGAUAAAUAGAUCGCGGAAGAAGUUUAUUUAAAUAAUUGGACGACGAAGAAUUUUUCCGAGGAACAUCAGUCCUAGUGAAUCAAUUAUUAAUUUUGGCACACUGCCAAGCUCAUGGAAAAGAGGACAUAAAGGACGAGAUUUUUUUCCAAUGAUAAAAUUAAAUGGAAUAAUUCAGUGAUGGGGUGGUAAAGUGAGACGAGACUUUAAGGGGAAAAAUAUCGAUGUAGGGUGGGAAUACUAAGGGACUUUUUUGUGAGUAAUUGAAUUUUCGAUGGAAAAGGUCUCUUGGUAUUUCCUCGUAGAAUGAAUCGUUUUUUAGAUCUAUCGAUAUUUAGUGGAACUAAAAUUGUACUUCUCUCGCUUCAUCAUUUCUUCCUUUUCUGGAUUAGGGAUUCUUUAAUGUUCGACGUGACUAUUUUGUGUCGCUUUUCUCUGGCAGUAGGUUGAGAUGGGGACUGACGAUUUGUCAAUUUUUAUCAGUGUAUCAUAGGGGGUGGGUAGGGGGAAUUCUCGUUUAAAUUUGAACUGAUGUCUCUGGAAGUUUGUAUGAAGGAUUUUCGUUGAAAAAUGAUAAAUUACAUCAAUCUGAAAUUUAUAUGGAAUAUUUAUGAAAACAUUUGAAUUGUCUUUGAUUUUUUGUCGAAUUUACGGAUUUAUUUGUCAUCAAUCCAAAAUAUUCUCGAGAAAUUAAGAGUCUAAACGUUUGAAUGAACAUUCCAUGGAAAUUUCAGAUCGAUCUGAUUUUUUUCACAGACUAAACCCCUUGUCCUUCGACGUUUGACUGCAUCAGUUCUAAUUCAUAGAAAUUUCUCAUUUGGGAAUUCUGAAACACUCAGGAUUUUAGUAAAUGAGUUGUGUAAUUAAUGUGAGUUUUUCCCUCGUACUCGCACGGAUUUUCAGAUCAUAAGCAUAAUGUGGCACUCGUCGUGGAGAGAAAUAUCAUUGACUUGAGAAUAUUUCCAUGGUCUAACGAAAAAUAGAGCAUAAUUUCUAUUUUAGAUUCUUUAUUAUUGUUACCGAAUUAUUCCUGAGUCAACGAUGGAACUCGCCUAUGAGAUUCUAUAAUUUUUACUGUACAUCGACUAUGGCUCGUUACUCUGUGGGAGUUCAAAUCAUCUGACUACCACUAGAUAACCGUCGAACUUAUCUAAGCUCAUUAUUUUUUUUUAUGAAUUCGCCAAAUGUCAAAACCAUCGAAAUUUCAUUGCUAUCAUUCCAAUAUUCCAUUGAGGGGUGAUUUUUCCGAAUUAUAAUAUCGCACAAUGAUGUAACUGCAUUAGUGACACGAAGAAUACAAUAAAAUCAAUCUUCCCGACGACUAAUGCUAAGAUAAAAAUAAUUACCGAAUUCCUGUCGUCAAUGUAAAUUACGAGAUCCAUUUUUCUUUUGUGAAUCUGAUCAGAAUUUUUUCGAAAUACAGGAAUUUUGUCUGUGGAAAA